AUGGAGAGCUCUGGAGAGUGCACUAGUCCUUACACAGAUGCUAGUCCUAGUUUUUUGGCGAUGCUGCAGGAAGUGGAACCUCGGGUGGCUCGUCGCCGCCUUUCUCAAGCUCGACAUCGUGCAAAGCUGGCAGGUCUUUUCAAUCAUCUACGAGACACAGUAUGUCCUCAGUCCAAGAGGACCAAGAGGACAACUUCAAAAUGGCAGGUACUGCGUAAGGCAAAGAACUACAUCCUAGAUUUAGAAAGAAAGCUAGAAACUUUGCUGAAACUUAAAGAGGCGUAUCAUCUGGAAGAUGGUCAUCCAUCAAACUUGGAAGAAAUAAAAGAACAAUACAUCAAUUACUACAAGGAGCAUUGUGACUUGGCAUCAGCAAACUUACCAGGUAAAACAAGGAUGGCCCUUUGGCAGUGGCUGAGAGAAUAUAGAUGUCAUGCUGCAGAAAGUGAUCUGAAACCAGUUUGUUCCCAGUCUCCUGUGAAAUCCUCAGCAGACCUCAUAGAAUUUGAAGGAUACCUGAAUUUUUACAAAGAAACAGUGGACCUUUUAGUGGAGAAUAGGAUAGUGUCCAUGGAACAGAUCACCCUCCCCAUUGUAUCAAAAGCAAUUUCACACCUCUGGCAGGAAAUGUCUGGGGAGAAGAAGGCAGCUAUUUUCAAAAAAUGCUCUCAAAGAGUGUGUUUGUCCCCAGGAGAACAAGUCACCUUGCAGAUACCUUUGCAGAUGGACUGCACUGUGAGAGACCGAGCUUUAGACAGCCAGGGAGCGAGUGGUUCUUCAGAAUCAAAUCAUGAUGAGAUGCUUUUUGAAGAUGCAUUUGAUUUAGCUUCAGGCUUCUUGGCAAAACCAGAGCUGAAUACGCGAACAGGAAUGAAACGGGAAAGCAGGUAG